GGUGAGAUUUGUUGAAGGCAAAAGACCAAGAGAUUUCAAAAUAGAGAGAUUUGUUGAAGGCAAAAGCAGAAGAUAUGUCAGAGUACUCAUCGUUAUCGGAGGAUAUAAGAGUAGCACUGAUUGUAAAGUUAGCAAAAGAGAAUGUAGAACUGGAAGGUUUGUUGGAGGAAAAAGCCCAUGAGAUUGCAAAUCUGCGAGGUUUGGUGAUGGCAGCAGUCCACGAGGUUGGAAAACUGAAAGGUUUGUUGGAGGCAAAAGCCCAAGAGACUGUAAAACUGCAGGACUCGUUGGAGGCGGCAGCUGAAGAGAUUGCAGAACAGAAAGAUUUGUUGGAGGCAAAAGACCAAGAGGUUGCAAAACAGAAAGAUUCGUCGAAGGCAAAAGACGAAAAGGUUACAAAACAACAAGAUUUAUUGGAGAAAAGAGCCCAUGAGAUUGCAAAACUGCAAGUUUUGUCAAAGGCAAAAGCCCAAGAGAUUGGAAAACUGCAAGACUUGUUGGAGGCGAAAGCUCAAGAGAUUGCAAAACAGAAAGAUUUGUUGGAGGAAAAAGACCAAGAGACUGAGGAAGGAUCCAUGGAAAUUAUUCAUCCGAAUGCAGAGAGAUCGCGACUAACCUCUUUUAGAAUGUGGAGCGUUUAUUUCCUGCAGAGGAUUUCCGAACCAUCAGCUUUUAAAGAAAAAAGCCUCCAAGGUAGCCACAAGAGCAGGCAUGAACAGGAACAGUCCCGAAAACCUCACCAAGUUCGGCAAUUGGGAGGAGAAGAUCUUGGGCACCAGUUGAGUGAGUGCUAGCUUUAGAAAUUGGUUUGAGGGAAACAGGAGGAAUUUCACAGCUUAAACUCAUCCCUCCCCUUCGCUGCCCUUUUCCACUUUCCUUCAAACCAAACAUACUUACAGGAAAAGCUUUUACAGUAAUUAUAGGAAAUAAAAAAUGGAUCUUUCUGAUGUACAAUUACAGCUUUCAGCAGCUCUGUAUCCAUUUUGCAAAUGAAAAGCUGCAACACCAUUUUAAUGAGGUUAGGUUUCUUCAAUGGAUUUGGCUUUGACAUUGGAGAAAGAGCAAGAUUAAUUGUUGUUCUUUUCAUGUGUGUUUGCAGCAGUGUUUGAAAUCGAGAAGAAAGAAUAUGUCAAGGA